AUGAAGCUAUUUGGGCAGGAGUUGUCGACAUAUAUGUAUGGAAGGAUACUGGACCGAAAGUUUAUAACUCCUUCGGGAUCAUAUGAGAUAGAGCCGUUGGAGAUUGCUUCUGGGAUGCAUCCAGUGAGAUACAACGGGAAGAUAGAAAUCUUUUAUGUGUCCCCGAUAUUCAACAGCUAUCUUGUGUCCCGCGAAGAGAAUGUUAAUGUACUGUUUUCAGCAGACGGAAAGGUUACAAUCACCAACGAGGAUAUAGACAAAGAUACUCUGUACACUUUUCGGAUUGUCCGGGAGACGAGCGAUCUUAGAGUUGCCGAGAUCUACAAGUUUGAUACAUUUUAUCCUGGAUUCAAGACGACUGGAGAAGUCAAGUGGAAGAUAGGGAAGGAUGGGCGGAGGAUUUACACAGUACAGACCAAAUAUGGGGAUGGAACUCUGAUUAUGCAGAACAACAAAGAAAAGAAUAUUGUAAGUGUUCUUCUGUAUAAAAAGGACAAGGAACUUCAUUUCGUACAGGUCGACGACCCAAUAAGCGGUAUUGUAAAGAUGACUGUGACGGCAGAGAUGGGCAACAAAUAUGGGGUGAGGGAUCGUAAUGUACGAGGAUUUCUUAUCACAAACAACACUUAUAAGACUGGGGAUUCUGUGGCAUGCACAAUUAAGGAAGUCUGGCUGGGAAACUACUUGUUUACAGAGUAUUUUGAGCUAGGGAUAGGAUCUAUUAUUGAAGCUCGUGUUAAGAGCUAUGGAAAGAACAAGAUAUAUCUUGAAUAUAAAGGCCACGAAGGAUACAUUUUGAUUUCUGAAUCCGAAGGAAGAAGAUACGGAAACAAUGUGAGGGGAACUGUGUAUGACAUAAAAGAUGGUUUGUUCCUGCUGAGCACCAAGAGGAUACCUGAAUUGGAAAGAAAAGAGAAGGGGAUUGAUCUAUCUGUUCCCUUCGAUAUCUCUGAUCAGACAGAGGAAUCAAGUGACUCUUUAGAAGAGGAUGUGGAUGGAGUGAGCAGGUCUUUAGGGGCCGAAAGAAAAAGAAGCAAGACAGUAACAGAGGACGAUAUCUUAAUGGACAUCCACGCACAUCCUGGAGAAGCGAUUCCUGUGAUCAAAUACAUACAAUACAAAAUCGAAAUUGGAGAGGAAGGAGGACCCGAAGAGAUUUUCCAUAAGUUCCUUCCUAUGAUUGAGGGGGAAGAAAAGGAUAAGCUUUGUAUUUCGUUUGUGAACUACCUAAUGUUUGUCAAGGAUCCAGAUUGCCUGAAGGUGAUAAAGAAGUUGUCGAAGAUAUGCUCGGAACGAUUCCUGGAUGCUGUUGCAUCCAACACCGACGACAUCCAGGUCCUUAGGCUCUAUUUUGAAAGGACGGAGACAAGGAAGUCCUUUGGAAUGUACUUGGAUGGGCUAUUCAAAGCAGACCGAGAGGAAGCCAUGAGACUUGUUGAAAAGCAUAGAGAGCUCCUUGGCGUAUCGAUUGGUAUAAUAUACAAGCAUUGCGAGAACCCAAGAGCAUGGGUGGAGAAGCUAUUGGUUGACAAGAAGGAUGUUUGGAUGUCUUACAUCCGAAACGAAAAAGGAACGUAUCUUCGGAGCCUUUACAGAAGAGUUGUUGACAAGAAGUGGAAGGUGAGUGACAUGAAGGAGUUCUACAAGAUGUGGAUGGAUUAUGAGAAGGAGAACAACGGAAAUAUAGAAGAAGUAAAGCUAAGAGCCAGAGAAUAUGUUGGGAGCAUCAAGAACAAUUCCGUGCAUAGACAAGCAUAA